AGUGUGCCUUGGACCACGGCAGAGAAAGGUCGUGAGUGUGUGUUGCUCUGUCUCCAUGAGUGGCCGCUGUCUGAACUGCUACUGAAAUACUACGUGUUUUAGCGACAUUUCGCUAAUGUGAUUAUGGUUUAUGGAGUGACACACUGCCAAAAAAGAAAAUGAAUUUGUAGUGAUCUGUUCAUUUGCUUUUAAUGAUAGACAAGGAGACUUCGAAGUAAUGAACUUAGCUGAUAUAAUUGGAUGAUUUCGGUAGUUAAUUCUGAAUCCGAAAUAACUGACGUCGGGUGCAGCCGUCUGGGGGAGUGUGCUCCAGUCCACACAAGUAGGGUCAGCAAGGCUCGCAGCUCACUCGCCCUCUCUUCAGCAUGUGCUCAUGAAACCUGUUGAUCAGGUCAGAAGGAACGAAGCAGUGCAACAUUUGAACCAUAUAGUUAUAACUUGGUAAUAAUCAUACUUGUGGGGGGAAAGGUGCAACGCAAUUUAUGAGGUUGCUGGACACGAGAGUGAAACUUACUAAGAAAAAUAAUAAGUAGAGAAAGAAGUGCUGUUGAAGUAUAAUGUGAAAAGUUUGUAAAUGCUAUAAUUCUAGUUAUCACCAGUAACAGAUGUGUUCCUUGUUAAAAGGGAAACCUACUACUAUUUGUGUUCCUGGAAAACAUAGAGCGUCACUGUUGCUAGCACAACAUUUGGUGUGAGUGAUGGGUCAUUUCGGCAUCACGGAGACCGAUCGUUUGAUGGGCGUGGACUCCUGUGGGUCCGCCCCGGGAAAAGAAGAGGUGAUCAUGGGUCGAUGCUUUCCCCUGGAUCGUCCUGGGGCCACCUGUAAGACUUCGACUGCCCCAGUUGUGAGAGGUGUUGUCUAUAAAGACAACAAAGGCCUUAAGGCUUCCUCAAGCACAACAUUUGGCGUCAUUAAGAAAGAAAUCCAAAGUUCUAUGGCAUCUGCAAACCAAAGUCUUGAAAGUGAUAGUGGCGUUCAGGGCUCCAAGCUGGUAAUAAAUGAUAGUGCAGCGAAGGACUUCAGCUCCUCUAACUCAUCCACAGGCAGAGAUCAUGAGACUGACAUGAGGAGCACCACAAACCAAGCUGUGCCGGAUCGUACCGCUGACGGCAAUGCCACGAAGGCCAGACUUUCCAGGGCGUCCGCGAGAACGGUUCCCGACGCUAGCACAGAAGUUUCUCCUGUCCCAAGAGAGCGCUCGAGGUUGAGGUUCAAGGAAGACUCAACUCCCAAGCGCGAAAUUUCUGCAGAGCGAGUUCUGGUGCCGCCUGCUGUGAAGCAAAAGGUAAUGAUGCAAAAUGCUGGGGAAAAGGCAAGCAUUCGAAUGUUGGCGGCACCCAGGUCCCACUCUUACGAUGAAGCCAACGCCAGGUGGCAGCACGAGAACAGAAGGCAAACUGGACCAGUUCCUUACCCCGCACAAAAGUCCUUGCCUUACCAAAGGUCUUGUAUCUAUCCGUCAAGUGUCAGUCCAACGGACAGGGAGUCUGGCAAACCCGACGGCCCAUCUGCAUCUGAGCCUAGAUACCUUCAACAAGAAAUUAUGCAAAUGCCGCAAAGACCCAAAGAGGAAGUGAAAGAUAGUAUCCAGUAUAUGACGAAAAAUGAGCACGUAUAUUUUGGCGUUCAGUACAUCCCUAAAAAAGAGCAACCAGUCCUGAAGACAAUUCUUAAAGAUCCUAGGAAGAGCCAGUCAGAGGAGGAGAAAGGGACUCGACAGCUGACUGGAAAGCAGGCGUGGGAAGCAACGCAGAAGAAAAAGGCGCUGAUGCGGGAGGAAUUCUUCCGAGUUCCUUACGAGGAGUGUAACAGAGAAGCUUUACGGGGUUUGGGAGGACGACUCAAUAAGUCAGAGCCGAGGAUGCACCUCGUGGGAAGAGAGAGAAAAAAGAGGAACUCCUUUUCGUGCAAGAGGAGGGUUCAUUUCGAGCUCGAUUAUAUUAAUGACGAGAAGAAAAGCACAGACGACGAGUCGAAGCCUGCUUUUCCUUUCACGCCAUCGAUGCAGAUUGGCCAUCCUCAGAAUACGAAAUCGAGGUCGGGACGCCCCACGGAUCUCGAUGUGCUGAUGAAGACUAUAAACAAAGGUAAAGGAACAGGGACAACAGGACAAAAUCUCGCCCCAUGCAGUGUACCAGAUCAAGUUCAAAAUACCCGUGAAAACAAAGUGCGAGUUUUCAAGUCAUUAAUGGAAUCAAAGUUUGACAGCAACCAUAACUUUGUGGAAUGUGAUGGAUGCCAGCACCUCAUGAAGAAGGCUUCUGAAGUUAAACCAGGUUUAACAAACACUUCUUCGGAUAUACUUGUACCGACUUCAUAUCAGAUUUUGAAGUCGUGUACUGCCUUACCUUCUCCUAUGUCUGCCGCUUCUGCUUGCCAGUCCACGACCUGCACUCCCGACGACAGUCAUUCUGCUGUAGACCUCUCGACACAAGGGCAGUCCAUCAAAAACAGUCAUGCAGCCAGUCACUCAGUCAAACCUAGUCAAUCUACUUCCAGCCCCCCACCAGUUAGCCUCUCCAACACUUUCGCUUCAGCGUCCAGUCAGUCAGGUAACUCUUCUCCCCCCUGUAAGCCUCAGCCCUCUGUGUUGGCUCCUGCACCCUCACCAAGACAUAGCUUGCUUUCUUCCCAAUCCACGCCCGAACGACAAGCACUCGUAACCCCUGCUGAGCAACUCACUUUCUCGGCUUUAAAUCAGUCAUCCAACACAUGUCUCUCGACAGCCUUUUCACGAGCAUCGUCGGGACGAGGUCGUUAUCAUCAAUCCGAGGACCAGGAAACACAAUGGCCGUUUAGCAAUCAUGAAAAACCAUUCGCGGGGAACGCCGGUCAGAACAGUACCUUAUCCUUCCCAAACCCAGCACCUCGGGAAACCACAAAUCAACAGACAGCAACUUCCUUGUAUCACAGUCAGCCAGAAAGAGUCUACGAUCACAAACGGACGAAAUCUCAGACACGUGAUCCAGAUGUUCAGACGAAGUUGAAAUCAUACCAUCAGAUACCCAGUACCCAAACUGGCACGACAAACAGAACAAAUAAAGUUCCCUUCAGAAGUCGAAGCUCAUCAUUCGAUAAGAAUUAUAUGUCGAAAAAAUCACAGAACAUUUCAAAAGAACCGCACAUAAGGAAGGGUGAUUAUAGAAUUGUUUACCCUGAAAAGUCAAACAAAGAAAAUGUAGAAGCCCCACAAAUGAACCCAAAGAAAACUAGUCUUGAUGAUAGGGGAAACCAAGUCAAUAUUUUGAUGACCAAAGGCGAAAGUUAUUCUAAACAUAACAUAGUCUUAAAUAGUCACGUGACGUCAUCGACUCCAAAAGUAACAGUGAAGAGGAUAUACUUACCGGUUUCCUCCACCCCAGCAAGAUCCCCGCCGUCUCCAACGCCCUCCUGUGCCUCUUCGAGUUGUUCCUUUGGUUCGUCAGGUAGUUCGUCAGGUUGCUUCUCCGGCUCGCCUUCGCCCACCCCGACCCCCUCGCCCACGAGGGGCAGGGCGUCGUGUGCGCCGACUGACCUGUGAAGAGUUGGCUUGGUUGCGGCGCGAGGAAGGAUUGGCAGGGAAGGAAUGAAAAUAAGUUGGAAUUAAGAAAAAGAGAAGAAAAUAGAAGAAAUCUGUACAAUAAAAAGAACGGAAACAUAAAUUAAAUACCAUAAGCGAUAUAUGACAACCGAGAUAACGUUCGUCAUCGUCCACGAAGCCCAGAUGGGACGAUGGAGAGAACAGCGAUAACUUAAUGAUGAGAAAAAAUAUUGCCAAGUGUGACUGGAACCCCAGCGGUGUAACGGAGAUUUGAACAAGCAGUUUCGCAUUUCAAACUCUCAACUCUCGUCUCCGUCGUAAGCGUAAACAGGACAUCAAAGGGGGUCUUUUCAUCGGGGCCUCGAUGCCUUGAGUAAUUACAGAGAAAUACAAUGAGUCACCUUUCGUGACGUGAACUACGGGGCUUUCAGAUAAACGGAGAGGGACGGUAGCGUUAAAGUCGAGUGAAACCGCCAUUCGCCAGACGGCAACCGUAUCGUAAAGGUGCCGCGCCUUCUUGAGAAAGGUGUACAUAACAGGCGUGGGAAGAUAAAGAGCUUACUACAUAUAUACAUAUAUAUUGAGGGAGAAAGAGCGAAUCAGCACUGGAAGGAAGCCGAGAAUAUCCCCACGCAUCUCUACAUCAGCUUACUUGAUUGUUCGGAUUGCGAAUCAGCUCGCGGGGUAGCAUUACUCGUGUCGCCUGCCCGCUGUAAUGCAAUGCCUGUGACAGAAACGCCCAGCCCAAACGACCACGUGCUGCCCCACACCCAGCACAAUGAGAUCUCAGACGCCAAUAUCCAUAGUCUAAGUGCAUGAAUCCUGUAGCGACAAGGAUACGCGAACAAAAGGGAGAUAGAAAGAGAGGCGGAUAGGCUAAACGAAAUCAUUCAGCCGGGUCGGGUCAACUGCUGCUGCUGCCCUCAUCCUUCCUGCGGAGAGGGAGAGCGAGAAUUGCCACCCAGCGAUGCGGGCUAAUCUCAUGAUUGGUGGAACAAGGGCAUCCCGGAUCGCGUCGUAAGGACUUUAGAUUCCCUUAAGGAACUGCUUCUUUCCUUCAACUAGAAUCGUUCUUUCUCUUCAGAUAAGAGAGAUACGAACUGAUAAGCAGCAAUGUUCUUCCCCGCCUAACAGAAGGGACGAGAGUGUUGUCCCGGAACCGAGUUGAUUAGUAAAUCCAUUUUUGGUUCCUAUUUUCUUUAAGGAAGAGCGAGGUGUAUAAGCUGCAGCAUCUUUUGUUUGCCUCGUAACUCUCAGAGCUUUAAUGUUUUAUUUGCUAGAGUGAAUAUUUUUCAUCAUUGCAUUUAUACUAGUCUGCUUUUAUUUAGAGAAAUAUAUAUAUAUAUACAUAUAUAUAUAUAUAAUAUAUAUAUAAAAUAUAUUUAGGGAUUAAUAUAUAAACACGUAUAUAUAAAAGUAUGUCAUAAAUGAUACAAGUAAAACAUCUUUGUGCAUUACUUUCUUGUGGAGAGAGAAAAGGAAAACGUCUGUGGCACAUGGAAAAGGAAAUAAAAUAGAGGCAAUAGUUUCUUAGGCGUCGAGAGCACUCAGUGACCGGAGGCGCGUUCAGUGCCAAGCGCCUCUUUACUUAAGACUGUUUACUACCCAUCCCUUCCUCCCCACCCACUACACACAAACACACACCUCGGGACUACAAUCUCAAAGUUCUGCCAGUCAGCAAACCAAGGACCUCUGCCAACGCGCGAGGCACAGUGCCAACACUACAGAGAGCAGUGCCAGGCUGAUAAAGGGCAGCGUCAUCAUUGCAGCCAACUGAGGUCAUUUGCCCAGUCCUAAUGAGCGAUUGCUACUAGCGCUAUCAAGAUCGCAGCGAGUGUCAAGAAGGGCCU